UCUGUGGUGUGGAGACACUCUGGAGACACUUCAAAUUGGCCAGAGUCAUCAUUUCUAAUCUACUCCAACAACACCAGCACAACCAUGACCACCUUUGACGAUAUCUUAGAAGAAGCUGGGAAGUUUGGCCGCUGCCAGAAGCGCAUCUUCGCCCUGCUGUGUAUGGUGUCCAUGCCCUGGGCCGGUGUCUACGUUGGUAUCGUGUUCCAGGGUUUCACCCCAGAUCACUGGUGUAAAGACUCUGCUGUGGUGGAGAGGAGGCAGGGGUGCGGCUGGAGCCUGGCACACAGUCGCGGGCUGACGGUGCCUGUGGUCAACAACUCUGGAGAGCUGCAGCCCAGCACAUGUGAGCAGUAUGAGGUGAACUGGAACACAACAUCGCUCACCUGUGAUACAGAAGAACUGGACCUCAGCAAAGUUCCCACAACUGCCUGCAAAGAAGGCUGGGAGUACGACUAUGAGGGAAGGCAGUCCUUUGUUACUGAGUUUGACCUGGUGUGUGCAGAUUCAUGGUUGGUGGACAUGUACCAGGCCACGCUCAACAUCGGCUUCCUGGUUGGGAGUAUCGCCAUCGGCUACCUGGCUGACAGGUUCGGCAGGAAAAUGAGCUUCCUGAUGUCCAACCUGCUGAACGGGAUCGCUGGGAUCCUGGUGGCCGUGGCUCCAAACUACGUGACUCUGCUGGUGUUCAGGACGUUCUACGGGUUCGGAGUGAAGGGCGGCUGGGUGGCUGGAUAUGUGCUGAUCACAGAGAUCGUCGGGGUCGAAUACAGACGUACAGUGGGAGUCAUUUACCAGAUGUUCUUCAGCGUCGGCAUCCUCAUCCUCCCUCUGCUCGCCUACUUCAUCACUGACUGGCGCUGGCUGCAGGUCGUCAUCACCGUCCCCUACAUCAUCUUCCUAUCCUACUACUGGUUAAUCCCAGAGUCUCCCAGAUGGCUGCUGUCACAGAACAGAAAGGCACAAGCGGUGGAGAUCACAGAGGCCAUGGCCAAAGAAAACAAGAAGACUCUGUCCAAAAACAUCGAGACUAUGGCAGAUGAUAACGCAGAGUCCACCACCGCCUCCUUUUUGGACCUGAUCCGAACUCCCAAAAUGAGAAAACACACAUUGAUUCUCAGCUACAACUGGUUCACCAGCGCUGUGGUCUACCAGGGUUUGAUCAUGAGGCUCGGCAUCCUGGGAGGAAACGUCUACAUCGACUUCCUCAUCUCCGGCCUGGUGGAGUUCCCCGCCGCCUUCCUCAUUCUUUUUACCAUCGAACGCAUCGGCAGACGCAUUCCCUUCGCCUCUGCCAACAUCGUAGCCGGAGCCGCCUGCUUCAUCACCGCCUUCAUCCCCGACAGCAUGUUCUGGUUUAAGACGGUGGUGGCCUGCAUCGGUCGGCUGGGUAUCACCAUGGCCUUUGAGAUGGUUGUGUUUGUUAACACUGAGCUCUACCCAACUUUUGUCAGGAACCUGGGAGUGUCCGUGUGCUCGACUCUGUGUGACAUUGGAGGCAUCGUCGCUCCCUUCCUGCUCUACAGGCUGGCUGUCAUUUGGCUGGAGCUGCCACUCAUCAUCUUCGGCUCUCUAGCUUUCCUUGCUGGCGGUUUGGUGUUGCUGCUUCCUGAGACCAGAGGCGUGCCGCUGCCCGACACCAUCGACGACAUCGAGUUCCCAGAAAGAGCGAAGGAAAAAAUGAUGCUGAGGAACCAGCAGAUGACCAACCUGCUGCCCAACAAAGACGUAUCGACCAACAAAGAUACAGCGACUGUUUAAUCUCUCUCUGUAACCAAAGUAUUUAUUUUUGUUGUUUCACAGUGUUGCUUGUCGUAUGUUCGGUAAUUCCUUUAAUUCAUGUGUUGCUCAGCUGUGUCAGUGUUUGUCUUUGUUUGUCUUCGACCCGCAUCGCCUUCAAAUAUCAUGUUUUGGAUCAACUCCCUGUUUUUGUUUGUGAAUGAUGUAAGAUGAGUUAUUGAAAUAUGUGUAUUAUUAUAAAGCCAUUUGCCAUCAAGAGUUAUAAUUAUUAUAGAACUGUAUCAUUAAAUUAUUAAAGAGUUAGCU